AUGGAUUCUUCGCCAGCACCAAAAACUAAGCCUCUAGUAGUAAUAACAGGCGCAUCAUCGGGUAUUGGUGAAGCUUGUGCUCGAUCUUUUUCUGCAGCUGGACAUCCGCUGUUACUUGUUGCUCGUCGUCUUGAUCGAUUACAAGCUUUGAAUCUUCCCGAGAAUGUUAUUUGUGCACAAGUUGACGUUACAGAUAGAGCCAAACUUAAAGAAACAAUUGAACAAGCUGUGGAAAAAUAUGGGCCUGUUGAUUGCUUAGUAAAUAAUGCUGGCGUUAUGCUUUUGGGUAAAGUACAAACACAAGAACCAGAAGAAUGGCAACGCAUGUUUGAUGUCAACUUGAUGGGUGUUUUGAACGGUACUCACGUUGUUUUACCGUCUAUGAUUGAACGUCGUGGUGGUACAAUUAUUAAUAUUAGCUCGAUUGCUGGACGAAAAACAUUACCUGAUCAUGCUGUUUACUGUUCAACAAAAUUUGCCGUACACGCAUUUACAGAACAAAUUCGUGAAGAAGUUGCACAAUAUGAUGUACGCUUGGUUAAUAUUGCGCCAGGUGUGGUUGAAACAGAAUUAUUAAGUCAUUCAACAGAUAAAAAAAUCGUUGAUGAUUACAAAGCAUGGAAAAGUAAUAUGGGCCAACCGAUGGAAAGUGAAGAUAUAGCUCGUUGCAUUAUGUUUGCUUAUGAGCAACCACAACGCAUGUGUGUGCGAGAAAUUCUUGUUUGUCCAACACGCCAAGACAAAUGA